AUGUGUAAUAAUGUCUUGAGUUCAGUGGUCACUGAUUUCCAAAUAAUGUCUUCCCUUGAAGAGUUUGUCCUGACCUGCAGUGGGACAGAAUCAGUGGAAGCUAAUACUUUUAAAACUUUGGACACCUUAAGGACCCUAGAACUCUGGAAAAACAAACUAAGGCACAUACCAUCCUCACUCCCAGCAAACCUUGAAGUGCUGAAACUUGGUGACAAUUUAAUAAGUGUUUUACAUGAAUCUGACUUUGAAGGUUUAAAGAACUUAAGGGUCCUUGACAUACAAAGUAAUUUGAUUAUAGCUCUUUCUUUUAUUACUCUUUCCUCCCUCAGAGGUUUACAGAGUUUGAUUUUGGAUGGAAAUAAUAUGGAAUCUGUGACUGGACCAUUCCAUCUCCCCAACUUAAAAUAUCUUAGCAUGGAGAAUAAUAAGUUGCAAUCUUUAUCUGAAAGCUUUUCCACAUCUCUUCAUAGUUUGCUGUUUCUCAACUUAAAUGGUAAUUUACUGACUGACAUGCCCCCAGAACUGCCCAAAUCUUUACUGUCACUGAAGUUAGAGAGAAAUCAGCUCAAAAUGCUGAAAUCUGGAGAUGUGAAACAACUGGCAAAUUUGUCAGAGCUUUUCUUGUCUGAAAACCAGCUUUCAUCAGUUGAUGGUGUACACCAUCUUUCUAGCUUAACAAGAUUGGAGUUAGCUGGGAACAAACUCCAAACAAUCCCACUCAGGUUACCAGUCACACUGCAGAAAAUCGAUUUCAGUAAUAACCAGAUUAAGAAAGUUCAAGCACAAGAGUUCCAGAAUCUUCAGGACCUCAAACAUUUGUUCCUUGACAACAAUAUUGUCACCAUAUUUGAAGAUGGGGCACUUCAGAAAUGCACAUUACUGUCCAAUCUAGCACUUGAACAAAACCUGCUUCAUUCUAUUCCACUACGCCUUCCACCUAUGCUAGCCAGAUUAGAUCUGAAAGGAAAUUGCAUACAAAGAAUUAGAGAGCAAGAACUGUCGCAUCUUCAGCACCUACAGGUUUUCAAUCUACGGAACAACAAGUUAUCCACCCUAGAUAACAGUCUUUUGAAAUAUUUGCCUCAUCUGAGGUAUUUGUAUCUGGAUGGCAACCCCUGGAAUUGCACUUGUGACCUCCUCCAAACCAGAAGGGUGCUCAUGAUUAAAGGCACAGAGGUCAAAGGGGGACAUUGCGCAUCACCAACAGAAAGCCAGGGCGAAAGCUGGAUGUCUUCCAAAAGGAUUCUGCAUUUAUGUGCACCGAACAAUCUGUAUUCAUCUGAAGAGGGGAAAGAAACCGGAAAGAAAGGAAAUGACGAGCAUCUCUCCAGUCUCAGAGUAAAUACAGAUGACUAUUACGACUAUGACACUGAUUAAGCUAACCCAGAACUCAGUGUUAACUCAUUUCUCUCCAAGGCCAUCACUGAAACUCUUCUUGAGGCCUAUGAAAUCCUGUGCUGUCAGAUGCCCCUAAACAUUGCUCAGGGGCAUCUCUGGCUCAACAGUUAAGUCUUUUCCUCUGUUUGUUUCUUUAGGAUGGAGCAAUUCUACUGCUGUAUUAAUUACCACUGAGAUAUUACUUAUAGCACAAUUAAUUUUUGAAACCUUUAAUGUACUUUCUA